AUGGCCACGGGAAUCCACUGGUGGAACCGGGCGGCGCUGCUGUCGCUCGCGUUGCCAUCUGCAGAUGCCUUCAACUUCCCAGGAAAGGACGAUAUUAUUGUUGACUUUGACCUCAACCUCAGCCGAUUAUGGCGACGCCAAGAAAACAAGCCAGGAUGCCCGGCAUCAAAUUUAUGUAUAGGCGGGGCCUGCACCCAGUCCAUCGUCGGCAUCGACGUGGCAAACUGCGGACGCAAAGGAUAUGAGUGUGAGCCGGGAUAUAUUUGUGUCGCCGGAGAGUGCGUCCACCUCGACUUCCCCUGCGACUCGCUCCACUGCGGCGAGAAAGACCUGCAAUGCAAGCCAGGUCAAUGGUGUAACGAAGGCGAAUGCGUCUCGAUUGAGAUCUUCGCAGACCCAUUACAUUGUGGCCCCAAGGACGAAGAAUGCAAGGCCAACCAGCUCUGUGUCAACGGCAUCUGCAUCGACCUUGACACUAUCCCCGACCCUCUACACUGCGGCAAGGACCAAACACCUUGCGACCCGGGAAAUUAUUGCUUCAAUGGCCAAUGUAGGCCUUUCGAUAUCGGGACCAUCCCACAAAAUUGCACAAUCGACAAUGACUGUCCUUUAAAAACCCCUUGCGAGAAAGGAGUAUGUCGAUCCUUCCGCGCAGGGUUGGACGUAAAUAAUUGUGCUAAAAAAGACGAUAAAUGCGCUCCUGGCGAGCUCUGCAUUUCCGACAAAUGUACGCCGCUCAAUAUUACAGGCGAUCCUCUUUCGUGUGGCUCAAACUGUCAAAAUUGCGAGCCCGGCCAGGUUUGUCGUUUUGACAAAUGUGUCCCGAUUAUUAUUAGCUUAGACCCUACUCACUGUGGUGAGGGAGGUCCGCCUUGUGGAAACCAAGAGCUCUGCGUAUCUGGUGUCUGCGUGGAUAUGCGCAACCAGACCGAGUCUAACAAACUCACCCGUUGCUCUUCUCCCACUCAGGUCUUCCCACCACUUGGUGCUUCGCAGGAUGGACCACUGGCAGCAGGGCCAGUCCCAGCACCAGGAGUUGGAGAGCGCCCUUCUCCUGAAUAUGGAAACCAGCCGAGGCCUGGCGGCGGCAACAUUUCUCCUCAACUUGGAAAUCAGCCCAGCCCUGGUGGCGACUACGUUUCUUCUGGAUCUGACAACCGGCCCAACCCUGGUGGCGAGCAGGCUUUUGUUGACGACUCUGCGCCCUGUGAUGAAGGCUGCCCUCCGUCUACUGGCUCUCCACCAGAAGGAAAUGGUAACCAUCCCGGACCUCGCCCUGGAGGUGAUUCCGGCGUUCAACCCGGAUCAUGCUCUGGGGAAGAGGAAUGUGGCUGGAACCAAGUCUGCCGAAACGGAGUAUGCGUGAUCAAGGGUGGCCAACCUGGCUGCUCAAGUGACGACGAAUGCGGCUCUGGAAAGGUAUGCAAGCACGGAACAUGUGUAACCUCUGUUGGACAGCCUAGCUGUUUUAUCGACACAGAGUGUGGCCCUGGUAAGGUGUGCAAGAAUGGCGGAUGUGUUGUCCCUAGCGGUCAGACAAGCUGCUCUCAAAACACAGACUGUGGCUCAGGCCACGUCUGUGUCAAGGGAGCGUGCACUCCUUCAACUGGACCUUCCGGCUGUGUCAGCACAACCGACUGUCCUGUAGGACAUGUCUGCAAAAAAGAGCAAUGCAUCCCCACUAUUGACACCUGCCUGGCCGAUUCCGAAUGUGAGCCACUUGAGGCCUGCGUCAAUGGAACGUGCCAGCCUUCCAGCACACCUUCAAAGUGCUCCCUCGACUCCGAAUGCUUCGCUGGUGAAGUCUGCCGUGGCGGUAAGUGUGUCCCCUCCAACCCACAACCAAGCUGCACGAGCGACUUCGACUGUACUAGUGGUCGCAUUUGCCGAAGCGGAGCAUGCAUCCCGAACUUCUGCAGGACCAGCACUGAGUGCGGUGACGGACUCUCCUGCCGAAACGGUACUUGCUUCCCAACUGGGACUACCAUCUGCUCAAGCAGCGCUGACUGUCGCCCUGGCCAUAUCUGCCAAGGUGGCAAGUGUAUCCCUUCGACAAACCCCUUCGGCUGCACCAUCGACAAUGAUUGCGGUAUUGGACAGAUCUGCCAGGGCGGGAAGUGUAUACUGGGGGACACUAUCCCCGUCACAUGCUCCAAGGAUAACGACUGCCUACCCGGAAAUGUUUGCAGAAAUGAGAAAUGCGUUGCCCAACCCAAUUACUGCGCGAAGGAUCCCGAUUGCCCAUCCGACGAGGUCUGUAGAAACGGGAUCUGUGGACCUUCAACGACUCCCCAGACCUGCACCACAAGCAAUGACUGCCCCUCCGGUCAAAAGUGUCAGGACAGGAAAUGCAUCGUGCCAACCACAUGCUUGAAGAGCAACGACUGUGCCCCCAACCAGGUUUGCAAAAACGGAAUUUGCGUACCGUCCACAACACAACCUGGUGGAGACUGCAAGAAGAAUGCCGACUGCCCUCCUAAACACGCUUGCGAAGGUGGCUACUGCGUUCUUAUCGACUCACCAGGCUGUAUCUUGGAUGCCGACUGCGGUCGAGGCAAAAAGUGUAAAAAUGGCACAUGCGUGUCGACAUCGGGUUGUACCAUCGAUGCUGACUGCCUUGGUCUUCAGGUCGAGGGAAAGGUCUGCACAGGAAGCCUUUGUCUAUGCAUCAACACGGUCUGUACACUUGGUAUAGUGCCAAGCCCCGACUGUUCUAAUGACUAUGACUGUGAGAAAGGCAAAUCGUGUAUCGGCGGGAAAUGUGAGGUGCCUUCCGUGCCUUCAUGCUCCAAGGACAAUGAUUGUAGCAGCAGCCAGUCAUGUAUCGAUGGCAAAUGUCAAAUCCCUUCUGGGCCUGGAUCAUGUAUCAAGAAAGACGAUUGCACCGAUGGUCAAUCAUGUAUCCAUGGAAAGUGCCAAACACCUUCCGGCCCUGGGUCUUGCACCAACGAUAAUGAUUGUGGUAAUACCCAGUCAUGCAUCAACGGAAAGUGUCAAAUCCCUUCUGGGCCUGGAUCAUGCACCAAGAAAGAUGAUUGCACCAAUGGUCAAUCAUGCAUCCAUGGAAAGUGCCAGACACCUUCCGGCCCUGGAUCGUGCUCCAAGGAUGGCGACUGUGGAAAUGGCCAGUCAUGUGUCCGUGGAAAGUGUGAAGUGACUCUCGAAACUCCAUGCACCACGCGUGACGAUUGCGGUGAUGGAUUCACCUGCGGUCCAUCCAAGAUUUGCGUUGAAAUUCUGCCUUGUCUCACACUCACAGACUGCAAGCCAGGCUUUGUUUGUGGACCUGACAGCCUCUGCCUCCCGCAAACACCUCCCUGCAAGAGCAAUGCUGACUGCGGCCCCGGAUACACCUGCUCUCCACAAGGUGUCUGCAACAUCAACCCAGGAGGCAAUACCUGCGCGCACAACUCAGAUUGUGAAGAUGGAUCAGUCUGUGGGCCAGCCGGCGCAUGCAUUCCAGGCACCCAACCGACAUGCAAGUCUAGCCAGGACUGUGCCAAAGGCAAGGUCUGUAGUUCGACGGGGUUCUGUGUCCCGGAGGGCUCUCCUCUUUGUCAGUCAGAUGCUAAUUGUGGCCUCGGCGACAUCUGCGGUCCCCUUGGUAUUUGUAUCGAUGUCAAUACUGGGUGUAAGAGUGACACUGAAUGUCCAACUGGAUUUAAUUGCAGUCCAACUGGCACAUGUGUCCUUGAGAGUACCCAGAACUGCCAAUCUGGCGAGGAUUGUUUUACUGGACAAGUCUGCACCCCAGCUGGUGCCUGUGUUCCGGAAGGGUCGCCUCUGUGCCAGUCUGAUGUCAACUGUGACUUCGGCCUCGUUUGUGGUCCCCUUGGAGUUUGUAUCCCCGGAAAGAAUAGUUGCAGCUUCAAUGAGGACUGUGGCCUAGGCUUCAUCUGCGGUCCUACUAGCGAAUGUGUUCCUGAGGGUCAAGACACUUGCAAAGUUGAUCGAGAUUGCGGCCCCAACCGUAAAUGCAGCUCAACUGGCGCCUGUGUCUCUUCAGACUCUGCUCUCUGCCAGACUAAUGCCAACUGCGACUUUGGCCUCAUUUGCGGUCCGCUGGGAAUCUGUAUCACAGGAAACAAUGGCUGCAGCGUUAAUGAUGACUGUCGACAAGGCUUCAUCUGUGGCCCUGCCAAGGUCUGUGUCCCUCGAGGUCAAGACACUUGCAGCGUUGAUCGGGACUGCGGCAAUGGUCGUAUCUGCAGCCCGACUGGCGCAUGUGUCCCUACCGGUUCUCCAGUAUGCAGCUCGAUUGCCAAUUGCGAUGCUGGUUUCAUCUGUAGCCCAACCGGAGUUUGCAUCCCUGGAACCAACAACUGCACUGACGACAGAUAUUGUGGCGAAGGUUUUGUGUGCGGGCCAUUGAAGACGUGCGUCCCUCGAGGUAAUGACUCCUGCAAAACCAACCAAGACUGUGGCGUCGGCCGUCUUUGCACCCCAAGCGGCAUCUGCGUCCUGGAUAAUUCACCGACCUGCACCUCGAAUGUCAAUUGCGGCCCCGGCCUGGUCUGUGGUCCCCUCGGCACUUGUGUUCCUAGUAGCAAUACGUGCAGCCUCAACAUCGAUUGUGGGACGGGAUUUAUUUGCGGUCCCGCGAAGGUUUGUAUCCCUGGAGGUCAAGACACUUGCAAGUCUGAUACGGAUUGCGGAACCGGGCGUUCUUGCAGCCCGGCAGGCGUCUGCGUCACAUCCGGGUCUCCUGGUUGUCGUUCCAACGCAAACUGCGACCCCGGCUUUGUCUGCGGACCGCUUGGUACGUGUAUCCCAAAUGAUAAUGGCAGCUGCACGCUGGAUAGAGACUGCCAGGGUGGAUAUAUCUGUGGCCCAUCAAAGGUCUGCAUCCCUUCUACUCCAGAUGUCUGUGGCCCGACCCGGCCCUGCAAGACUGGACAGGUGUGCAGUUCGACUGGUGUCUGCGUUUCCGACGACUCUCCACUCUGUGAUACAAACCGGAAGUGUGACUUCGGCUUUAUCUGCGGACCACUCGGUACAUGUGUCCCAGAUACCAGCGGCAGCUGCACCGUCGACCAGGACUGCGCUGCUGGAUUCAUCUGCGGGCCUACCAAGAAGUGUAUCCUGCGUGGUCAGCCUACAUGUGGGACUGGAGGACAGAUCUGCGGAGCUGGUCAAGUCUGUAGCUCUACCGGUGUCUGUGUUCCGAAUGGGUCUCCUCUAUGUACCACAAACGAAAACUGUGACUUCGGCCUCGUCUGCGGUCCCCUUGGCAUCUGCAUCACGGGAAGUGGUAACAGCUGUACUGUCAAAGGUGACUGCCCGCCACGUUUUGAAUGUGGCCCGGCCGGAACCUGCAUUCCCGAAGUCGAAGGGUCUUGUCAGUCGAACGCAAAUUGUGGCCCCGGUCAAGUGUGCGGAUCGAAUGGUAUCUGCGUUCCGGACCCCAAGUGCACCACGGAUAGCGACUGUGGCAUCGGGUUCAUCUGCGGCCCAUCCAGCGUGUGUAUCCCUAAAGGCGCGGAUACGUGCACUGCAGGUGGCAACUGUGGCAUUGGACGUGUGUGCAGCCCUCUUGGAGUCUGCGUUCCAAAUGGCUCCGCCUUGUGCCAAAAGGAUAAGGACUGCGGCCUUGGCCAGAUAUGCGGGACGCUUGGUAUCUGUACCUCAGAUACCACCAACAACUGUACUUUGGACAAGGACUGCAACCCGGGCUUCGUCUGUGGACCAUCGAAGACGUGUGUUCCAGACACCGCUGGCACUUGUAGGGGAAAUCGUGACUGCUCUGGAAGUCUCGUCUGCAGCCCUCUGGGAGUGUGCGUCCCACCUGGCUCACCUCUUUGCCAGACAGGCCAAAACUGCGAGAAAGGUUUCAUCUGUGGCCCUCUAGGUACUUGCAUCCCAGGACCCAUCGAUACCUGUACCGGCCAGCAAGAUUGCAAUGCUGGAUUUGUUUGUGGUCCCUCGGGCAUCUGCAUCCCACAGGGCCAGCCGGGCUGCAAAUCGAAAGCAGACUGCGGACCCGGGCUAGCUUGUAGCCCCAAUGGGGUCUGUAUCCCCGACGGUUCACCUGUAUGCAGAACGAAUGAUAACUGCGCUGUCGGUUUCAUUUGCGGGCCGCUCGGCAUCUGUAUCGAAGACCCCUUGCUCUGCAGGGCCAAUUCUGAUUGCCGCGAUGGGCUUGUUUGUGGUCCUCGGGGCAUCUGCGUUCCUGGAGGAAGCACCGUUUGCACCGUUCCAAGCGACUGCACGAUUGGCCUCAUCUGUGGGCCUUUGGGCAUUUGCAUCGACGCUGGUUUUACGUGCAUCCUGAAUGAUAAUUGCAAUGGUGGACUUAUUUGUGGCCCGAACGGAUUCUGUAUCUCUCCCACCUGCAACAACAACCGUGGCUGCCAGGAUGGAUUCAUUUGUGGUCCAGCCAAUCUCUGUAUCCCAGAGUUCGGAACCUGCCAAAACGAUCAAGGCUGCCGAGCUGGUUUUACCUGUGGUGCCACUGGUAUCUGUGUACCUAUUCCUGGAGACUGUCAAGGCAACGGACAGUGCCCGGAUGGCCUCAUCUGUGGACCUUCCAACAAGUGUAUUCCAGGCGGCGCUCUAUGUCAGCUUGAUGCAAACUGCGGCACCGGAUAUUUCUGUGGCCCUGCGGGUUUAUGUAUACCCAAGGAUCUCACUUGUCGAGAUGAUAGUACCUGCGCCGCCGGCCAGACCUGCGGUCCUUUGGGGCUCUGCGUUGCCGUUCCUGGCCUCACUUGUACCUCAAACACCGAUUGCCAGACUGGAUACACCUGCAGCGAAAGUAAGAAGUGCAUCUUGAACUUUUCCGGGUGCAGGACGGACAACCAGUGCCCAGCGAACUUCACUUGCGGCACUGGAGGUAUCUGUAUCCCAAAGGUCAAUAUUUGUCAAAGCAAACAAGACUGUGGCGCCGGAUUCCUCUGUGGGCCAACCGGCCUCUGUAUUCCAGAAGUGGCACUUUGCCAGAAGAAUGAAGACUGUGGCGCGGGCUUUGCCUGUAGCGUUGGUGGCCUCUGUCUUCCAGAGAACCUUGGUUGCCAGACUAAUGCAAACUGCGCUCCAGGAUUCGUCUGUGGUCCUCUGGGGCUAUGUACGGAACCCAUCACCCCUCUCUGCAAGACCGACGGUGAAUGUGGCCAGGGCUACAAGUGUGGCACUUCUGGAAUCUGUAUCCCGACUCUGCAAAGUUGCCAGAGUAAUGCUGAAUGUGGAAACAGUCUCAUCUGUAGCUCUGCUGGUGUUUGCAUCCCCGAUUACAAGGCUUGCAUAUCUGCAACAGACUGUGAUAGCAAGUCCACAUGCGGGCCGGUCGGACUCUGUAUUCCCAAGACAGUCCUCUGUCGCACUUCAAACAGCUGCGGCGAGGGAUUUACCUGCGGCCCAGCUGGAUUUUGCAUCCAGAGCAACAAAAUUUGCCGAACAAAUGCCAACUGUGAUAAUGGGUCUACCUGCGGACCUUUCGGGCUCUGCAUUCCAGGUACCGGUCUCACAUGCCAGAAGGACAACGAUUGCGAUACGGGCUUCACCUGUGGACCUCUCAAGCUGUGCAUCAAGACCGGCCCAGCUUGCCAGAACAACAAUCAAUGUCUCCCCGGCUUCAACUGCAAUCCCGCUGGAAACUGCGUCCCGAAUGUCCCUGGUGGUUGCGCCAGCGAUACGGAUUGUGCCCCUGGCAACUUUUGCACUCUGGACCGCUCAUGUGAGCUCAACGACCUGCGUUGCACGACCAAUGCCGAGUGUAAACCCGGCUUUAGCUGCAAUAGGGCUGGCUUCUGCUCUCCUACGACUCUUGUCUGCAAGUCUGACCAGGAGUGCUUGUCUGGCUUCAAGUGCAGCCUGUCUGGGCAGUGCAUUUCCGCGAACGACCUGAGCUGCAGCGUGGAUGGUGAUUGCCUCGUGGGAUUCUCUUGCGGCGCCAACAAGUAUUGUAUCCCCAAGGCACCCAGCUGUGUCAAGGACAACGACUGCCAGCUAGGAUUUGCCUGUGGCCCGUUGAAGACUUGUAUCCUAAAGAGCGAUUUGGCCUGCACGACAAGCGGUGACUGCAAGAACGGUUUCAUUUGUGGCCCAGGAAAACUUUGCAUCGAUCCCUCUCUCCCUGGUCUUCCUUGCAAGGUUACCGGCGACUGCGCUCUUGGCUUGAGCUGUGGCCCAGCCGGAUACUGCGUGCCCGGCGACAUUUCAACCUGCAGCAAGAACGAGGACUGCGCACAGGGCUUGCUGUGCAGUUUGGCCAAUCUCUGCAUUUCACCCGAUAAGCAGUGUCAAGUUGACUCAGAGUGCCCUGGUGAUAUCCUGUGUGGCCCGCUAAAUGUUUGCCUCGACGUCUAUCUGGGCUGUAAGAACAACGAUGAAUGUGAUUCAAACUUUGUUUGCAGUCUUGCUGGUCUCUGCAUCCCCAAGGGAUUCACUUGCGAGGCGGAGAAGGAUUGUGCUGCAGGUUUCACCUGUGGCAUUGGUGGCCUCUGCCUUCCAGCUAUCAAGGACACUUGCAAUACCUCAGAUGACUGUGACAAGGGAUUCACCUGUGGCCCUUUAAAGAUUUGUAUUCCCAAUUCGCUCAGCUGUCGCAACAAUGGGGAUUGUUCUCCAGGGUUUGCCUGCGGUCCAGCCGGCCUUUGCCUCCCAACUGGCGAACUAACUUGCUCUGCCACUCAAAUUUGUCCCCAGGGUUUUAAAUGUGGAUCUGCAGGUCUUUGCCUGCCUGAUGAUCUGGUCUGCCAGACUGAUCGGGAUUGCGCCUCUGAUUUUACAUGCGGCAAGGGUGGCAUCUGCAUUCCCAAAGUCCUCACCUGUAAGCUGGACAAGGACUGUGAUGUAGGCCUCAAGUGUGGGCCGAUUGGUCUUUGCGUUACUCUCGGGGAGUUGACCUGCAAAGAAAACGCAGAGUGUGGUGAUGGCUUCAUUUGCGGUUUGGCCGGGCUCUGUAUUCCCAAGGAUUUGGGUUGCAAUACAGACGCCAGUUGCCGCAGUGGGUUUGUCUGCGGUCCAGCCGGGCUGUGUAUUCCUCAAACUCUUGGCUGCAAGUCCAAGUCUGAUUGUAACGCCGGAUUCAACUGUGGUCCCUUGGGACUUUGCGUCCCUGAGAUCCUUGGGUGCAGGGCCAACACAGAUUGCACCGGAGGUUUCGAGUGCAGCUCAAUUGGAACAUGCCUGCCUCCAAAUUCCUCGACCUGCAAAGCUAAUAAUGAUUGCGGCCGAGGUUUUGUCUGUGGUAGUGCAGGGCUAUGCGUCCCAGAGGGCUUGGACUGCGGCAGUUCAAACUCCUGCAAGACUGGAUUCGUCUGUGGCCCAGCAGGCCUUUGCGUUCCGGACACCCUCUUCUGUUCGAAGAAUGAGGAUUGCGGUCAAGGCUUUGCUUGCUCAAGGGCCGGUCUUUGCAUCCCGAAUUACUUGGUCUGCAGUGGCGAUAACAAUUGCUCCAACGGAUUUGUCUGCAGCCUUUCCGGCCUUUGUAUUCCGUCCAACGAUCUAAAGUGCACGACCAACAACGACUGUGUUCCAGGAUUCGCUUGCGGCACCGCUGGCCUCUGUGUUCCCGAUCUUAGCUGCAAGAAGAACAGCGAUUGCUCUGGCGGUCAGGUAUGUAGGUUGGAUGGAAUCUGCGUGCCUGAUGUCGGGAAUCUUGUGUGCUCCAAGAAUGACGACUGCAAGCAAGGCGACAUCUGUGGUAGCGCAGGACUAUGUGUCCCAGGCAAUCUUCUCUGCAACGUUUCACAGCCUUGCCAACAGGGCUUCACUUGUGGCCCGGCGGGAUUUUGUAUUCCAAUUGGAAACCUGUUCUGCAAAGCCAACAUUGACUGCCCCAGUGACCACUCCUGUGGCCCGGUCGGUAUUUGCAUCCCCAAAAAUCUUCGCUGCCAGACCAAGAAUGAUUGCAAUACUGGAUUUGACUGUAGCGCAUCUGGACUCUGUGUUCCGACAUCGCUUUUCUGUACAAAGAACGAGGACUGCAAAGUCCCAUUGGCUUGCGGCGUUGCGAAUUUGUGUGUUGCAAUUAGCGAUGUCCUCUGCAAGUCAAAUGACGACUGCCUGGGCGGUUACCGCUGCGGUCCUGCAGGGACUUGCCUUCUGGACGCCAGCUUCUGUUCAAAUGACGUUGACUGUGAUGAAGGCGAAACAUGUGGACCGGAGUCUGUUUGUGUCCCCGAUAAGCUUCUGUGCAAAGCGGAUGAUGAUUGUAUUCAAGGCUUUGUCUGUGGUACUGCAGGAAUUUGUCUACCCAGCGGCGGUGUGGCGUGCAAUACAAACACCAGCUGCUCACCAGGCUUCCAGUGCGGCCCUCUCGGUGUCUGCAUCCCUUCCAACUUGGGUUGCCAGUCGAACAGCGAAUGCGGUACAGGGCUUACUUGCGGCCCUGCCGGGGUGUGUAUUCCUGGCGAUCUUCUUUGCAAAGGGGAUGAUGCCUGCUCGACGGGCUACUUCUGCGGCCCGGCCGGUCUUUGUAUCCCCAAGUUACUCUCUUGUCAGAGCAACGACAGUUGUGAGAAAGGCCUUGUCUGCAGCCCGGCUGGGCUUUGCAUCCCUUCAGGUGACCUGAACUGCAAAUCGAGCCGUGAUUGCUCCGGAAAUCUCAUCUGUGACUUGUCUGGCCAAUGCGUCCUAGGAGGCGGUUUGACUUGUCAGACAGACACUGAUUGUCUCCUUGGGUUCAAGUGCGGUCCUCUCGGGCUUUGUAUCAAGAUCGAUCUUGGUUGCAAGACGGAUGCCGACUGCGGUCAAGAUAAGAGCUGUGGACCAGCUGGUCUCUGUCUACCGAAAUCUGGCACAUGUAAAGCCAAUAGUGACUGUGCAUCAGGUCUCCUCUGUGGCCUCGGUGGACUGUGCAUUCCUGAUCUUGGGCUCUCGUGUGGUUCCAACGGGAACUGCGCCCCUGGUUUGGUCUGCAGCGGACAGCCGUUGAAUCUCUGCAUCCCUCAAGUUCUCAACUGCAAUGCCAAUACAAAAUGCAGUGCCGGUCAGGUGUGCAAUGCCCUCGGGGUGUGCGUGCCAGAUCUGCUUGGCACAUGCACCACCAACGCCGAGUGUGAGGCCACAUUUGGAUGCAGUCUCGCAGGGAUCUGCGUCCCAGCCAUCGAUCUCGCUUGCACAAAUAGCGGUACGAGCGGCAGAGUCUGUCCAACUGGUUUCAAGUGCGGCAUCACGGGUCUCUGCGUGCCGGACACUGGAUUCCCUUGCAGUGGUGCUGAGAAAUCGUGCCCUCGCGGCUACGUCUGCGGUGUCGCAGAUCUGUGCGUGCCCGACUUGCCGGGUGUGAACUGCAAUCAGAAUUCAGAAUGCAACACUGGCUUCGUCUGCAACAGUGCCAAACUCUGCAUUCCGGAUCUGUCGCUGACCUGCAAGGCGGAUGGUGAGUGCCCAGCCGACUUCCGGUGUGGGAGCAGCAAGUUGUGUGUGCCCAAUUUCCAAGUCACGUGCGACGCCAACGCGUCUUGCCCUCAGGGCUUCUCGUGCAACAGCGCAGGCAUCUGCACUCCCACCUCUGGCUCCGGCUGCCAGUCGAACAACGAUUGCGAAGGAGAAGCAACUUGUGUAUCUGGAUUCUGCGUUCCAGAAAUUGUCGCCACCUGCAAGGCCAACCAGGACUGUGCCUCGCCUCUCGUGUGCACUCUGGGACUCUGCCUCCCCGAUCUCCUUCCCACGUGUGCCACCGACAGCCAAUGCCCAAAUCCUCUGGUUUGCCGAUCAGGUACCUGCGUACCUGACUCAGUCCCUAUCUGCAAUUCCGACUUGAAUUGUGCGCAAGGCACCAGCUGCGUUGGCGGUAUUUGUAUUCCCAAGGUCCCCAACACUUGCCGAGCGGAUGGCGAUUGCAUUGCGCCUUUGGCCUGUACCGAAGGCCUAUGUCUUCCCAAGAUCUUGCCAACAUGUGAUGGUACAGACGACUCGCAGUGCAAGGAUCCCUUAGUAUGCCGACGAGGAGUAUGUGUCCCCGGUUCCCUUCCUCUAUGCAGUGUCAACCUUGACUGUGCGCAAGGCUACAGCUGCGUGGCCGAUAUCUGUAUCCCCGACGUCGCCGAUGCUUGCAUCAUCGAUCGUGAUUGUCGCUACGACGCUCUGACUUGUCAACUCGGACUUUGUCUUCCCAAGAUUCUGCCGGCUUGCGAACGUGAUAACCAGUGCAAGAACCCCCUGGUGUGCAGACAAGGUCUCUGUGUUCCAGAUACCCUUCCCGUCUGCAACGACGACCAGGAUUGCGGAGCCGGGAACAGUUGUUUAGCGGGAAUAUGCAUCCCCAAAGCCCCGGGCGCCUGCAGACUCGACGCAGAUUGCAAGUCAGACUCUCUCGCCUGCACCCUUGGCGUUUGUCUCCCGAAGGUACUGCCAAUUUGUGAUGCCACACGUGAGUGCAAGGAUCCGUUCGUCUGCAGGGAUGGAACUUGUAUCCCGAAAUCCCUUCCUGUUUGCCAAACUAGUUUACAGUGCGGCAGCGACAGCAAGUGUCUGGGAGGUGUAUGUGUCCCCGACCUGGUCAAGAAUUGCCAGACCGCACAAGACUGCGGUGCUUACUCUACCUGUUUCCUUGGUGUCUGUCUCCCUGAGAUACUCCCGUCUUGUGCCACCGACAACGAGUGCGAAGAUCCUCUGGUCUGUCGGGUUGGAAAGUGUGUGCCCAAGACCCUUCCACUGUGCAAUAGCAACGCCAACUGCGAUUCGGGAUAUAGCUGCCUAGCGGAUAUUUGCGUUCCAAAUGUUCCGAAUACCUGCAAGAUCAACACCGACUGUGGCAACUCUUUGGUGUGCACCCUUGGUCUUUGCCUGCCUCAGAUUUUGCCAUCAUGCGAGAAUGAUGAUGGGUGCAGCGAUCCCUUGGUCUGUCGUCAAGGCACUUGUGUGCCCAAGGCUGUACCUCUUUGCAAUAGUAGCAAUGAUUGCGCUGGGGGGUCUAGCUGUAUUGCUGAUAUCUGUGUCCCAGACCUCUUUCAGAAUUGCAAGCAAGAUGAGGAAUGCAGGGACUCCCUGGUGUGCAAGCUUGGUAUAUGUCUACCAAGAAUCCUGCCCACCUGCGAUGGUAACAACCCAUGCAAAAAUCCCCUCUCAUGCAAAUCGGGUACUUGUGUGCCCGACACGUUACUUGUGUGUGAGAGCAACGUUGAAUGUGGCCAAGACGCUACAUGCGUCGCUGGCAUCUGCAUUCCCAAGGUGAUCGAUAACUGCAAGACCAACAGUGAUUGUGGCGGUUCUCUUGCCUGCACACUCGGCCUUUGCUUACCACAGAUUCUUCCGACAUGUCAAGAUGGAGCGGCCAACAGCUGUGCCGAUCCCCUCGUUUGUCGACUUGGAACUUGCGUGCCCAACUCUAUCCCUCGAUGUGGCAGCAACGAUGACUGUAAUACUGGUUCCAGUUGUAUCGCUAAUACUUGCAUCCCCGACGUUGUCGAACCGUGCAAAAGCACUGGUGACUGUGCGGGUUCGCUCGUGUGCAAACUUGGCGUUUGCCUUCCGGAAAUCUUGCCAGGUUGUCAGACUGAUAGCAAUUGCGAUGGCCAGCUUAUCUGCAGACUGGGAACAUGCGUGCCGAAGAGUGUCCCUGUUUGCAGCACGAACAACGACUGUAGCCAGGGUUCAAGCUGCAUUGCCAGCAUCUGCGUUCCCGAUCUCCUCCAGAACUGCAAGGAUUCCGCUCAAUGCAAAGAUUCACUGGUCUGCAAGCUUGGCCUAUGCCUCCCCAGUAUUCUACCUCAAUGUCAAGCAGAUUCCGAGUGUGGCGAUUCUCUUGCCUGCCGACUUGGUACAUGCGUGCCCAAGUCUGUCCCCGUGUGCAACGACGAUGGCGACUGCGGUACAGGCUCAAAGUGCAUUGCUGAUAUUUGUAUUCCUCAAUUCAUCACGUCUUGUGGAAAGGACGCCGAUUGCGGCAAUUCACUCGUCUGCAAUCUUGGAGUUUGCAUUCCACCGAUCCUACCAACAUGCGAUACACAAUCGGACUGCAGAAGUCCCCUUCUCUGCCGCCUUGGGACCUGUGUGCCAGACUUCGUCCCAUUGUGCAAGAGUGGCUCAGACUGCCGCAAUGGGUUCAGCUGCAUUGCCGACAUUUGCGUCCCUGAUCUUGCCGCGACAUGUCAGACAACUCAGGACUGCGAUGGCGCUCUCGUCUGCACGCUUGGUCUGUGUCUCCCUGGUAUUCUUCCCCAUUGUCAGACCGACACACAAUGCACCGACUCCCUUGUCUGCCGAUCUGGAACGUGUGUACCGAAAACGCUUCCUCUCUGCAAUGUCAAUAGCGAUUGUGAUCAAAAUGCCAGCUGUCUUGCUGGAAUCUGUGUUCCCAAUCUGGUCCAGAGCUGCAAGGCCAACGGAGAUUGUUCAGGCUCACUGGUCUGCACUCUUGGUGUCUGUCUUCCUCCCGUUCUUCCUACAUGCGGAAAUGGUGCCGAGUGCAAGAGCCCUCUGGUCUGCAAGCAAGACAAAUGUGUACCCGACUUCGUCCUGUCCUGUGCCGACUCCCGUGAAUGCAAGACUGGGUCAAGCUGCUUGGGUGGGCUUUGUCUUCCCGACCUUGUCGAUUCUUGCCGCGAUACGGCGGAGUGCCAGACGCCUCUUAUCUGUAACCUUGGCGUCUGCCUGCCGCAAGGCCUUGGACAAUGCAGUACCAACAUCGAUUGCGUCGACGACCUUGUGUGCAAGUUGGGAACAUGCCUACCAAGUACACUUCCUGUUUGCCAAGAUUCGACUGGCUGCGAUCAGACAGAGACUUGCAUCGCCGGCAUCUGCAUUCCCAAUACUCCGGGAACCUGCAAAUCCAAGGCCGACUGUGCCGGCUCUCUCACCUGCACUCUUGGGCUGUGUCUUCCUGAGAUCCUCCCCACUUGCCAAGCCGAUAACCAGUGCCCCGGCUCACUUGUCUGCAGACAGAGCGCUUGCGUUCCCGAUUCCCUUGCCCUUUGCAAUGUUAGCACUGACUGCAGGGGCCCUGGACUUAACUGUCUUGGAGGCAUCUGUGUCCCCCAGACCAUCAACAAGUGCAUAUCUGACAGCGACUGUGGUAGCGAUUCGCUCAAGUGCAGCCUUGGUCUCUGCCUGCCCACUGUGCUCCCUCCAUGCACGCAGGAUAGCCAGUGCAGGGAUCCUUUGAAGUGCAGGCUCGGACUUUGCGUGCCUCCCGCGAUUCCCGUUUGCAAUGUCAAGGCAGACUGCAGCACUGGAGACAGUUGCUUGGGUGGAAUUUGUGUUCCUGACCUAGCCAGCAGCUGCACGCAAAACUCGGAUUGUCCCAAUUCCCUCUCGUGUACCCUUGGAUUCUGUCUUCCUGAGAUUCUCCCCAGUUGCGACAGCAAUGAUAAGUGCAGUGGCUCCUUGGUCUGUAAAUUGGGCACCUGCGUGCCGCCUGGUCUGCCUCUCUGCAAGACUGCUAGCGACUGCGAUGCAGACCAGAUUUGUUCCGGGGGGCUCUGUUUCCCCAAUAGUGCGAAACAAUGUCAAGCGUCGCUCGACUGCGGAUCAGGCCUUGUCUGCAAGGCUGGAUUCUGUCUGCCAAAUAACACUCCUGCUUGUAGCGGCAAUGGCCAAUGCGCGAGCUCCCUGGUUUGCAGAUUAGGUUCCUGUGUUCCAGACAUCUUCCCUAUCUGCUCUACGAAGGCGGACUGUGGCCCUGGAAAGACUUGCAGUAAUGGCGUGUGCAUUCCAGAAGCCCUGCCAGCUUGUCGGGCUUCAAGCGACUGCGCAAGCCCGCUGGUCUGUACUUUGGGAUUCUGCCUCCCACCAGUUAUCGACGACUGCAAGAACGGACAAUCUUGUGGAAGCGGAUAUGCCUGCUCACCUGCGGGCUUCUGUUUCCCUGAGACGCUCGCCACUUGCGCCAAGGCCACCGACUGUGGCACCAAUCUCACAUGUAGUUCCGGGGGACUCUGUGUCCCGAAUCUUCUGCCGCAGUGCGAUGUUGCUGCUGGACUUACUUGUGAGGCCCCUCUUCAAUGCACGGCUGGGCUCUGUCUUCCACGAUUCUCCAACUCUUGCAAUGCCAACAUCGAUUGCGGUCCUGGUCUUGCCUGCGGAAGCCUCGGUCUUUGCGUGUCCGUGAGCAUCAACACCUGUACUCAGCCUGACGAUUGUGGAACUGGACUGACCUGCGGACCAUUGGGCCUAUGUGUACCCGAAUUGGUGCCUACUUGCAGUGCGAACAAGCCAUGUCUCCCUGGCUACGCUUGCAGCAUUGCUGGAGUCUGCGUCCCAUCAGGUCUACCAGCCUGCGAUGCCAACCAGGCCUGCGCUUCUGGACUGGUCUGCAGUCUUGCUGGUCUGUGUCUCCCAUCACUGCUCGAUACAUGCUCGAAGAAUACAGAUUGCGGCCCCAGACUCUCCUGUAACCCGUCUGGUUUCUGCGUGCCAAACCUGUUGCCAACAACGUGUACCGCGCAGACAGAUUGCGGCACUGGCUAUACAUGCGGAACCCUGGGCUUCUGUGUGCCCAAUAACACUCCCCAGUACUGUUUGACGUCUCUUGAAUGUCCUCCUAAAUCCAUUUGCGGUUCGGGUAGCAUCUGUGUUCCUGACAGCUCAGCCUGCACCAAAAAUGACGAUUGCUCGGCAAAUCAAAUCUGCACGGCAUUCGGAGUCUGCGCCCCCAAGCUAAUCAACACUUGCGGACCCAAUGAGCCUUGCUCUUCUGGCUUCUACUGCGGGCCUGCUGGUAUCUGUGUCUCGAACAACGAUCCCGUCAGCUGUGGAAGCGAGUCUCGUUGCCCCAACGGCUUCAUUUGUGGAUUAUCAGGUAUCUGUACUCCCUCCACUCUUCAAACGUGCACAGGAGCCAACGAGUGCCCUGCUGGAAAGACAUGCAAUGCUCUUGGCUUCUGCAGCACUGACUCUCAGACUGGCCAAUGUACAAAGAGUUCUGACUGCCUACCUGGAUUCGGGUGCGGAUUCGGGGGACAAUGUGUAUCCUCGCUUUUGGGUCCUUGCCUCAGCUCAACUGAUUGCCAGACCGACUCUACCUGCGGACCACUUGGUUUCUGCACGGCGAAUCUCGCCAAAUGUUCCGCGUCCCAAGCCUGCGAUGCUGGAUUCAGUUGUGGACCGGCGGAGAUCUGUGUCCCAGACAUUCUGCCCACCUGCGACUCUGCAAGCAACUGCGCACCAAACUUUGUAUGCGGUCUCGCCGGCAUCUGUAUCCCCAAGGUCGUCGAAAAAUGCGAUGACAACACGCAAUGCCAGCCAGGAUACAUUUGUGGCAGCGGCGGCAACUGUAUUGUGGAUAUUCCUGGUCUCUGCACCACCAAGGCCCAGUGUAGCCCUGGUUACAUCUGUGGUCCUGGCGGUCACUGCACUCCCAAUCUUUCCGGAACCUGCGAGGCCACAGAUGACUGUCUCCUCGGAUUCGUCUGCGGCGACUCAGGCCGUUGUGUGGCCCAGCUACCAGGUCGAUGCAAGUCCGACACCGAGUGCACUGGCGGGUUGUUCUGCAGCGCAGCAGGCACUUGCAUUCCCAAGCUCACAGGAUCCUGCUCUUCCAAUACAGACUGUGAUACCGACCUUGUUUGUGGCUCUACCGGCUUGUGUGUGCCCAAGAUUCUCCCCAUUUGCGGCACAAACACCGACUGUGGCCCAGGACUCCUCUGCGGCGUUGCUGGGCUCUGUGUUCCCCAGGAUGGAGUCACUUGCAGCUCUUCCAACCCCUGCGGUGCUGGAUUCCUCUGCGGUAUUGGAGGUAUCUGUGUCCCUGACAUUCCCGGAGCAUGCACAUCAAACAGCAACUGCCAGAACGACUACACAUGUGGGGUUCUUGGUCUUUGCAUCCCGCCGGAGCUCGACACAUGCACAACAUCGACAGAGUGUGGCACCGGACGCAUCUGUGGCAUCGCUGGAAUCUGUGUUAUCAAGGCUCCUGGAGCUUGUAGUUCAACAAAUGACUGUGGAAGUGGUCUUCUUUGCGGCAUCGGUGGCUUCUGCAUUCCGCAAUUGACUCCAACAUGCGGCUCGGCCAGUGAGUGCAAGCCCGGCGAAAUAUGCUCAUCCUCAGGGCUCUGUAUCCGCGAUAUUCUUGGAAAAUGCACUUCCAACAACGACUGUCUGCGAGGAUUCUCGUGUGGAGGCAGCGGCUUCUGCGUUCCCGAUAUCCUGGGCACUUGCUCCAGCUCCCAGCCAUGCGCUUCAGGAUUCAUCUGCUCCAAGGCAGGCCUCUGUGUGCCGGACAACCUGGGUCUCUGUACAGACAGCAAGGACUGUGGUGGUGGGUAUGAGUGCACAUCCGCGGGAAUAUGUCUACCAGGCAGUGCGGGCUUGUGCAGCUCGAAGAAUGACUGCUCGCCUGGUCUCGCCUGCGGCCCUGCCGGUAUCUGCUUGCCAGAUCUCAGCCUCCAGUGCAGGUCCAACAGCCAGUGCCUUCCUGGAUUCCGCUGUGGUCCUUCUGGAGUCUGCAUCGUCGACCUCCAGCUUUCUUGCCAGACUAACAGCAACUGUCCCCUCACGGGAUUCAUCUGUGGCAGCCUUGGCUUCUGCCUGCCGGACCCCAAACUUGCUUGCACGACGAAUAGCGAAUGCGGGCAAGGACAGUUCUGCAACCUCGCUGGGAUUUGUACCGCCAAGCUCGGUCUCGACUGCAAAUCCAACGAUCAGUGCAUCGAUGGCUUCCAGUGCAGUGAUCGCGGUCUCUGCAUUCCGGCCACCAGCAACCAGUGCGCUACAUCAGCUGAGUGUGAUCGCGGGUACAUUUGCAACGAUUUCAACAUCUGCAGUCUUUCUCUUGACCUCAUCUGCAAGACCAACGCGGACUGUAACGCCGGAUUUGCAUGCGGCCUAGCCGGCAUUUGCACACCUGAUCUCAGCGUGGCCAAAUGCUCUGCAGCCAACGAGUGCCAGCGUGGAUUCAUCUGCCGUCUUUCUGGAAUAUGCACACCAGACCUCAAUUUUGCAUGCUCAACUAACCAGGACUGCCAGAACGGAUUCACCUGUGGGCUCGGAGGUCUCUGUGUCCCUGGAGCCGGUCUUGUCUGUACCCAGAAGAGUGAUUGCGCCCAGGGCUUCCUCUGCAGCCAAGCUGGCCUUUGUGCUCCGGAUCUUAGUGUGAAGUGUACUUCCAACGACAACUGUCUCGGCAACUACAUCUGCGGUGAGGGUGGCAUCUGUGUCCCCGACCUCAACCUCUUCUGCUCCAAGAACGCCGACUGCGGGCCUGGUUCGAUCUGCGGCUCCGGCGGACUCUGCAUUCCCAACCUUGGAUCUGGUUGUGGAAGCAACGGUGAUUGUCAGCCAGGAUUCGCCUGUGGCCCUCUGAAUGUCUGCGCGCCAACCUUGAGCUUCUCCUGUACCAGCGACAGCAACUGCCAGCAGGGAUACGUCUGCGGCGACUUGGGUGUCUGCACCAUUGACCCCAAGCUCAAGUGCGGUGCCUCUUCGGACUGUCGCCGCGGCUUCGUCUGCAAUGGUCUCGGAAUCUGUACCCCCGAGCUUGGUCUUGCCUGCAAGGCCAACAGCGAGUGUCUUCCCGGUUUCGUCUGUGGCAAUGGCGGAACCUGCCAGCUCGGAUGUGCCAGCAGCACGGACUGCGACGAGGGCAAGGUCUGCAACAUCGCAGGAUUGUGCCUUGAGGUGAGCUUGGGAGUCUGUUUGUCGAUCAAUUCCUGCCCCGAAGGCUACACCUGCAGUUUGGGUGGCCAGUGUGUCCCCCGUCUGAUCCCACAGUGUACGAGCGACAACGACUGCCUCGGUGGUCUCAUCUGCAGUGGAAGCAUUGGCAGUUGUGUGCAAAGCAUCUUCCCGACUUGCAAAGGUGGCCAAACAUGCCCUACUGGAUAUGCCUGCCAGGGAACUGGUAUCUGUGUCCCUGAUCUCAUCUCAAGCUGCAGUUCCAGCACACAAUGCGGAGCAGGAUUCACUUGCAAUAACGACGGAAUCUGCAUCCCGUCGCUCGGCCAAGGAUGCAAGGCCAACGGCGACUGUGGGAACGGGCUCGUCUGCGGCAUCGGUGGUCUUUGCGUUGUCAAGACUGAUAUUACCUGCAGCCCGGCCAACCCUUGCGCAGCUGGUUUCUCGUGCAGCGACACCGGCCUCUGUCUGCCCAAGCUCACUUGCGACAAAGACACUGACUGCUUCAGCGGCUUCUUCUGCCCAGAGAACGGGUUCUGCACUCCCGACCUUGGCUCGUGCUCUUCCGCCAAUGCCUGUCCCCAGGGCUUUAUCUGCACCUCAUCAGGCAGGUGUGAGUUUGAUCUCGGCCUGCGAUGCGAGACGGACGACAACUGCGCUUCGGGAUAUACUUGCAGCGACGCCAACAUCUGCGUCCCGUCGGGUCUGAGGUGUACAACUACGGCCCAGUGCAAGCCUGGAUCUGUGUGCAACAACCUCGGCAUCUGCACCCCGGAUCUGGGAUUCUUCUGCAAGGCCACGUCGGACUGCAACACGAACUAUGUCUGCAACCCGGCUGGCGUCUGCGUGCUUGAUCUCACGCUCAAAUGCUCGAACAACAAUGACUGUGCUCCUGGAUUUUCAUGUGGCAGCGACGAUGUCUGCGCUCUCGAUCUUGGUUUAACAUGUGGAACGAGCGAAGAUUGUGGUCAAGGAUUUACUUGUAGCGAACUUGGUAUUUGUAUCAUUGAUAUCAACCUGAAAUGUGAAGGGAAUGGUGACUGCGGUGCUGGGUUUAUUUGCAGUGGUCUUGGGGUAUGCAUUCCCGGUGGUCAGGGGUGCAGUGUCAACGCGGAAUGUAAAGGAGGGUUCAUCUGCAGCUCUUUUGGGGUCUGCGUGGCCGGCGGCAUCCUCUGCGAUGUCUCCAACAAGUGUCAAACUGGCUUCUCCUGCAGCUCGGCCGGGAUUUGCCUGCCAAACGCCCUGAGCUGCACGACAUCGGAUCAGUGUGAAGACCCCUUCACCUGCAACUCGCUCGGCCUCUGCGUGCCCGGAGGCGUCAAGUGCAGAAGGUCGAGCGAUUGCAACGCUGGAUAUGAGUGUACGUCAGGCGGUGUCUGUGUGAUAGGAAACUUUGUGUGCAAGCAGGGAAGCGACUGUGCACCCAACUACAGCUGCUCCGUGGCUGGCAUCUGUGUGCCCAACAUCGGGGCAUCUUGCAAGAAUGACGGAGAGUGCAGCCUGCAAAACUACUUCUGCAGCUCCGCGGGCAUCUGUUUGCCCAAAUCAGGCUCAGGUUGCCAGGCCAAGUCUGACUGUCUGCCCGGUCUCGUGUGUGGCGACCUGGGCGUGUGCGUUCCGGAUAUCAACAUCGGCUGCAACACCAAGACGGACUGCGGCGCCGGGUUCACAUGCAACAGCUUGGGCAUCUGCGUCAUUGAUCUGGGCCUGAGCUGUAAGACAAAUUCCGACUGCCAGAAUGGCAAUGUCUGCAGCAUUCUGGGUGCCUGUGUCCCCAGCACGCUGCCGGAGUGCAAUGCCUCCAACCCAUGCCGACAGGGCUACACCUGUAACGAGGCUGGCAUCUGCGUCCGUGAUCUCCUCAGCACUUGUGCCGACAGCUCAAGCUGUACUCUGGGCUUCAGCUGUGAUCCACAGGUGAAGAAGUGUCUACCAGACCUAGUUCCCACGUGCUCGACGACGAAGGCUUGCCCAACAGGCUACAGAUGUACCGAUCCAACCGUCGGUCUCUGUGUCCCCGAGGUCGCAGUAUCCUGCAAGGCCGACUCUAUCUGUCCGACCGGGCUCAAGUGUCUUGACAGCGGCUUCUGCGUCCUCGACAUCUUCCCUAGUGUUUGUCAGACCGCCUCCAACUGCAAGACUGGAGAGCUUUGCAACGGCGGCUUCUGCCAAGCUGCUCCCCAAGCGACAUGCUCAGCUAGCAGCGACUGCACCCUCAAUACUGGUGUCUGUGCUUUGGGUCUCUGCGUCUGUGUCAACGGACUCUGUGCCACCGAUCCGUCUGUCAAGGCCUGCAACACGGCGUCGGACUGCCCAGCAAACAACCUCUGCCAGAGCGGCGCCUGUAUCCCACGAACAACGUGUUCUGCCUCGGCCAACUGCAUUGCCAAUAUCAAUCUAUGCGCUCUCGGCACCCUGUGUCUUUGCGUCAAUGGUCUGUGCCUUCUGGGAGGCGAGCCUUCCAUCACCUGCAAUGUCAACAACCCGAACGACUGCGGCAACGAUAGAGUCUGUGUCAACGGCAUCUGCAACCCCAAAGCCGUUGCCCAGUGCAAGGCCAGCGACGAAUGUGUUGGCGACCUCAUUUGCGACCUGGGGCUUUGCAUCCCCAACAUCCUCCCCAAGUGUCUCCUCGAUCUCGACUGCAAGGACAGCACCAAAGUCUGCCAGCUCGGCCAGUGUGUCGCUGGCUGUUCAAGCCGCUCCGAUUGCCCCAGCGGUAAUAGCUGCACUCUUGGGCGCUGCGUUCCAGAGAUCGUCCCUACGUGCAACAACAACGAUGCCAACUGUCCCACCGGCCAGAUCUGUGGCGCCCUCAACACCUGUGUCCCUGGCUGUCAUACAAACACUCAGUGCGCCUCCGGAGAGGUCUGCAACACUCUUCUCAAUGCCUGUCUCCCUGGGACUCUUGCUUGCGGAGCGCUCAAUCCCUGCCCAGCUGGUGAGUACUGCUCCAGCGGAACUUGCAUCCCACGCUGCAAAUCCAACACGGAUUGCGGUCUCGGUCUCAUCUGCGGCGCCAGUGGUCUUUGCGGAGCUUGUUCUUCCAACUCGCAGUGUGCUCCCGGGCAGGUAUGCCAGGAUGGAGGAUGCCGGGCCUGUUCAGCCAGCGGCGAGUGUGCCAUCGGCGAAGUCUGCAGCAACGGCUCUUGCGGCGCUUGCUCGGCCACUGCUCCAUGCUCUGGCGGCAAAGUCUGUGUCAAUGGCUCCUGCAGCUCAUGUUCUUCCACCUCUCAGUGCCCAGUUGGCCAAGUCUGCUCAGUCCUGGGCGCCUGUGGCCCUUGUUCUACGGACGGACAAUGUCCCGGUGGUCAAAUUUGCCAAAACCAACAGUGCACGGGAUGUACGAGCAAUUCCCAGUGCUCUGGCGCCAAAGCUUGUAUCAACGGAUCCUGUUCCUCAUGCCGCGACUUCUCGGACUGCAACACGGGUCAGAUUUGCGCCGCCGGUCUCUGCAUAGCCUGCGUCGUGUCCCUCGACUGUCCAAAUGGCCAGAUCUGCUCUGGUCUCCCGGGAGCUUGUGGUGCCUGCUCAAGCACAUCACAGUGCCCCAUCGGCAAGGUUUGCCAGAAUGGAGCAUGCGUAGGCUGCUCCGACAGUUCUCAGUGUUCCGGUGGGCUCGUCUGCUCAGGAGGACUGUGUGGGACAUGCCGUGACAGCUCUCAGUGCAGUGACGGACAAGUCUGCGGCCCUCUUUCUGUGUGUACUGAAUGCACUUUGUCUUCUCAGUGCUCGAAUGGCCAAGUAUGCCGGGGUGGAAAGUGUACCACUUGUCAAAAUAACUCGGACUGUUCCGGCGGCAAGAUCUGCUCCUCAAGUGGCCUCUGCACCGCUUGCUCUUCAAACAACGAGUGCGGCAGUACGCAGGCCUGUAACAACGGCGUCUGCGGUGCCUGCACCUCGAACAGUAACUGCAACCCAGGCCAGGUAUGCUCGCUUCUUGGUGCCUGCGGUCAAUGCCAGAACAACGGGCAGUGCGACUCCGGACAGGUUUGUGAGAAUGGAUCGUGCACUACAUGCUCAAGGACCUCGCAAUGCGCGACUGGCCAGGCAUGCGUCAACGGCAAGUGUGCCUCUUGCACCGACAGCAACCAGUGCAACACCGGGCAGAUCUGUGCCCUCGGUCAAUGCUCCUUCUGUACACUCAACAACCAGUGCCCUACGGGGCAAGUCUGCCAAGAUGGCAAAUGUGGCGAGUGCAGUGCCAGUUCACAAUGCUCCAACGGCCAAGUCUGCAAGGGUGGAACCUGUACAGCUUGCAGCGGCACCGCCGACUGUUCCAACGGCCAAGUCUGCCGCAACAAUAUCUGCACGACAUGUACCAGCCGAGACCAAUGUCUCAACGGCCAGAUCUGCAAUUUCCUCACCAGCACAUGCGGUGCCUGCAGCCUCAACAGCGAUUGUGCAACCGGCCAAGUCUGCUCGGACGGAGCCUGCGGCCAAUGUUCUCGAAACUCUCAGUGCGCUUCAGGUCAAGCCUGUGUAUCGGGCGUGUGCAAAGCAUGCACGUCCUCCGACCAGUGCGAUUCCAACUACUGCUCGAACGGCAGAUGCACAGCUUGUCUCGCCAACAGCAACUGCGCAACCGGUGAGGCAUGCAUCAACAACAAGUGCGGCCAAUGUUCAACAAACAACGACUGCUCGAGCGGCCAAGCAUGCGUCAACGGCGUGUGCGGCUCCUGCUCAAACAAGUCCCAGUGCGGCCCCAGCCAGGCCUGCGUCAACAACUCCUGUGGUGUCUGCACGAGAGCCAGCCAGUGCGAUCCGGGGCAAGGAUGCAACAUCUUUGGAUCCUGCGGAGCUUGUGUGCUCAACUCAGACUGUGGCGCCAACCGGACAUGCCGGACGUUAACUGGAAUCUGCUACAACAACUGCAGUGCGAAUACGGACUGUCUCGCCGGCCAGUCCUGCCAGUCUGGCGUCUGCGGGCCGAGCUGCACGGCCGACUCGCAGUGCGCGAACAACCAGGUCUGCAACACGAGCAACGGGCAGUGCGUUGCGAGACAGUGUAGCAAUAACGCUGGUUGCUCACUUGGUGUUAACCUUUGUUUAAUCGCUCGCCUUUGCGUGUGUCUUAAUGGAUUAUGUGUUGCUUAA